AUGGAAGUUCCGCCAACGGAGGAGGGUCCUCCACCAUCUAUGAAGCGUAAUUCAAAUGACAUAGGAUGGGAUUACGGACGUAUCAUGGAUCUUAGUCAUCCAGACAGGCUAAAAUGUAUACUUUGUGGGAAAGAAGUACCUGGUGGUGUUUUCAGAAUGAAGGAGCACAUAGCUCAGGUGAAGGGAAAUAUGGCUUCUUGUCCACAUGCAUCCAAAGAGGAUCAAGAUAAGUGUAUGAAAGUGAUCGUUGAAGCCAGAAGAAAGAAAGCUGAGAAGAGGAAGGCAGAGGAAGCGUUGAGGGCAGAGGUGAAUCUAAGCAAAGACAACAAUGUUGAUGAACUUGAAAGGGAGCUUGGAACUCUGAAAAGUCCUCACUUCCAUGGGCCGAUGGAUAGAUUCACCAAGCCCAUUAACCCUGAAGUUUCUAUGGCUGAACAGAAACGACAACAGGGUAUCCAUGAUGCUAUCUCCAAGGAAAGAUCACAUGCUGUACAUCAAUAUUGUGCUCUCUGGAUGUACAGUUCCGGAAUUGCAUUCAAUGCAAUAGACAAUGAAGAUUUUAGGCUAUUCUGUGAAGCCUUAGGACAAUUUGGGGCUGGGUGGAAGCCUCCAAGUCAAUAUCAAUUGAGAGGACCAUUGCUGGUUGAAGAGCAACAAAAGACAAAGGAAAAAAUGAAAACUCUAGAAGAAGAGUGGGUGAAAGACGGCUGCUCAGUGAUGACAGACGCAUGGACUGACAUGAAUAGAAGAAGCAUUAUGAACUUGUGCGUUAAUUCAAAAGGAGGGACAUGUUUCUUGUCUUCAAAAGAUUCUUCUAAGGAUGGUCACACUGGUCAGUAUAUCUUUGAGUACAUUGACAAGUGUAUAGAAGAGGUUGGGGCUGAUAAGGUGGUGCAAGUGGUGACAGAUAAUGCCACCAAUAACGUUGCAGCUGCAAAAUUGCUUAAAGAGAAGAGGCCGAGUAUCUUAUGGUCUGGAUGUGCUGCUCACACAUUGGAUUUGAUGCUUGAGGGGAUUUCCAAGCUGCAUGGUUUCGUUAAACUCAUAGAUCAAGUAAAGGCUCUUACUAUCUUUAUUUAUGGUCACCAUCAAACAUUGGAUUUGAUGAGAUCACAUACAAAGAAUAAAGAUAUAGUGAGACCAGGAGCCACACGGUUUGCUACUUGUUACUUAACAGUUAGCAGCCUCUAUGAGAAGAAGGCAGAGCUGAAGAACAUGUUUAGCAGUGAAGAGUGGCAUAUUUGUAAGCAUUCGAAGACUGUGAAGGGUCAAGCUUGUUACGAUACUGUCAAGAAUAUUGGAUUUUUGAGUAGUAUGAUGGUUGUUCUGAAAGUAUUCAGCCCUUUAGUGAAGGUUCUAAGGCUGGCGGAUGGAGAAAGGAUACCUUCUCUUGGAUUUAUCUAUGGUGAGAUUCUAGAAGCCAAAAAGUCUAUCAAGGAAGCCACGGAUCACUCUGAGAGAGGUUACGAACCUAUACUCAAGAUUGUGGAUGAGAAAAUGAAAGAGAUUUUUUAUCAUGGAGACCUUGAGAAGCAAGACAUAGUUGUCAACCAUGAAGUUGAUCUUCACAAAAACAAAAGUGGCUCUUUUGGGUGGCCAUUAGCAAGAAAAGGCUGUGAAAAGAAGGAUGACAAAUUUGAUCCAGCUCCUCUGGUUGUGAAAGAAAUUGGAGCACCUUUGGAGCGAUUCACACGAAGAAAAGGAAUAGACUGA